AUGGACCUGUUUGACCUGAAGUUCCAAGGUCCUCUGUUUAGUUGGAGUAAUCACCAACCUGCGGGCCCUAUAGCGAAGAAGCUAGAUCGUGUGCUUGUCAAUAACCAUUGGUUAACAAUAUUUCCUGAUAGCAUCGCUACUUUCCUCGCUCCUCUACCCUCUGAUCACUCACCCAACUUAGUAGACCUUGCAUACCAACUCCCUAAGGCUGGAACCAGACCCUUCAAGUUUUUCAACUACCUAACCAGACACCCAAACUUUCACCAGUUGGUACAGGCUCUGAAUAAUCCUUCACUAAACACUUUUCAGAUUGAGAGAGAUCUGCACGUCCAAUGGAGCUUCGUGAAGGGAAUUGAAGAAAGUUAUUUCAUACAGAAAUCUCGAGUUGAUUGGUUAAAGGAGGGUGACCUUAAUACCUCUUAUUUAAAGAAAAUAUGCCAAGUGCGUGCAAGCUAUAAUACUAUCCGAUCCUUUCUCCUAGACUCGGGAGACUUGCUAGUUGAUCCAAUGGAGAUGAGUGAACUAGCAAUUGCUCAUUUCAAAUCCAUCUUAGCACCUGAUCGGUUGUCUAUCCGUGUUGUUUGGUCUUCCCAAGAGUGGUUCACGUCACUUAAUCCUUUCAGCUGUUCCCAAACUUAG